AUGUCCACAGGAGCAGAAAAAGACACUUUGCUCUUCUUUGUUAAUGGAAAAAAGGUGACAGAGAAACAUGCGGAUCCUGAGACAACACUAUUGUCCUUCCUCAGACAGAAGUUGAGGCUAACUGGGACAAAGUAUGGUUGCGGUGGAGGCGGCUGCGGGGCUUGUACUGUGAUGGUCUCACGCUAUCGACCUACCAACAAAACCAUUUAUCAUUAUUCUGCUAACGCCUGCUUGCUUCCACUCUGCCAGCUACAUGGAGCUGCCAUCACCACUGUGGACGGCAUCGGUUGCACUAAAAACCGGAUUCACCCAGUCCAGGAGCGAAUAGCAAAGGCGCACGGGUCACAAUGCGGCUUCUGCACUCCGGGCAUGGUGAUGUCCAUGUAUACCCUGCUGCGGAACAACCCUCAGCCCACCCUAGAUGAUAUCACCCAGGCAUUGGCCGGGAAUCUUUGCCGGUGCACUGGCUACCGUCCCAUCAUUGAUGGCUGCAGGACCUUCUGUAAGCAGGAAGUCAACUGUUGUCAAGUCAACGGAGGCACAAAUUGUGGAAUCACAAAAGAACAAAUUGAUGAAACUCCUUUGUUGUUUGACAAAUCAGAGUUCAUGCCUUUGGACCAAACACAAGACUUGAUCUUUCCACCAGAACUGAUUCUAAUGAUGGAGACCACCAAGCCCCAAAUGCUCACCUUUCGUGGGGAGAGGGUGACAUGGGUGUCCCCCGUCCUGCUAGAGGAGCUAGUGCAGCUGAAGACUAGCAACCCAGAGGCUCCACUGAUCAUGGGAAACACUAAUAUAGGGGUGAAUAUAAAAUUUAAAGGCGUCGUGCAUCCACUAGUGAUAUCUGCCAUUCGAGUAAAGGAGCUAUAUGAGGUGACUGUGACAAAACACGGUGUUUGGAUGGGGGUGGGCUUAACCCUUUCGGAGAUGUGGAUGGUUUUAAAGAAGAUAUGCAACCAGUAUCCAGUGGAGAAGACAGAGCUCUUUAAGGCACUAAUCAAGCAGCUGGGAAACCUGGGAAGCCAACAGAUUCGCAAUGUUGCUACUCUUGGAGGAAACAUCAUGAGCGCGUAUCCAAACUCAGACCUGAACCCAGUCCUGGCGGCUGGGAAUUGCAGUGUGAGCACCCUCUGCUGUGAUGGACGACGUGAGGUUCCUCUCGAUAAAGAAUUCUUUGUGAGCUUUGGAAAAACGGUGCUGAAGCCAGAAGAGAUAGUAACGUCUGUGCUGAUUCCUUUUUCCAGACAAAGAGAGUUUGUUCGAGCAUUUCGCCAAGCUCCAAGGAAGGAGAGUGCUUUUGCCACAGUAACUACCGGCAUGCGAGUGUUGUUCGCUGAAGGAUUCAGAGAAGUGGAAGAUGUUGCUAUAUACUACGGAGGGGUAGGGCCAACAACAGCUAGAGCCACCAAAACCUGCGCUUCUAUUGUUGCAAGACCUUGGAAUGAUGAAACCCUCAGCCGGGCUUAUGAUAUCCUCAUGAAGGAAUUUGAUCUCCUACCUUCAAUUCCGGGUGGAAAAGCAGAAUUCCGCCGAGCUCUGACUGUCAGCUUCCUCUUCAAAUUCAACCUAGAGGUCCUGCAGAUCCUCGGAGAGAUGAAUCUGAUUGAAGACAAUGUUGUGGUGAACAUUAAGCCGCUACCCAGAGAAAUCCAGCAGAGCCAGCAGCAGUUCCAGCAUGUGUCUGAGUGUCAGAGCGAUCAGGAUCUUGUGGGCCGCCCCAUCAUGCAUAGUUCCGCCAUAAGCCAGGCCACGGGUGAGGCAAUUUACUGCGAUGACCUCCCUAAGAUCGAUGGCGAGCUUUUCCUUGCUCUGGUCACAAGUUCACAUGCACAUGCUAAGAUCAUAAAUGUGGACACAAGCGAUGCCCUGCUACUUCCUGGUGUCGCUGAAAUCAUCACAGCAAAAGAUAUUCCUGGGAAGAAAACCCGUGUCAUUUUGGGUUAUGAUGAAGAAAUACUCGCUGAGUCACAGGUGUCUUGCAUUGGUCAGAUAGUGUGUGCUGUAUUGGCGGACACCAGAGCCCAUGCCAAAAGAGGUGCAUCAGCGGUGAAAAUUAGCUAUGAAGACUUGCCGGAACCCAUUUUUACUAUCGAGGACGCCAUCAAAAGUUCUUCCUACUAUGAGCCAAGGAGGAAGAUCGAGAGAGGAAAUGUGGAAGAGGCCUUCAAAAGUGUUGAUCAGGUUCAUGAAGGGAUAAUCCGUAUCGGAGGCCAAGAGCAUUUCUACAUGGAGACCCAAAGCAUGCUAGUUGUGCCAGUGGGCGAGCAGAUAGAGUUUAAAAUUUAUAUAUCGUCUCAAUGGCCUACAUCCGUGCAGAUGGCUGUUGCCGAGACAUUGGCCAUCCCGGCAAAUCGAGUCAGCUGUCAUGUCAAGAGACUGGGCGGAGCAUUUGGAGGGAAAGUUGUUAAAACCAGCAUAUUGGCUUGUAUCACCUCUGUUGCUGCAUGGAAGACUAAUCGUGCAGUCCGCUGUGUUCUGGAGCGAGGUGAGGAUAUGCUGAUCACUGGCGGAAGGCACCCUCUGCUGGGAAAAUAUAAGGUUGGUUUCCAGAAAAAUGGAAAGAUCCUGGCAGCGGAUAUCCAACUAUGGACCAAUGCUGGCAACGCAGUUGAUGAAUCCAUCUUUGUGGUGGAGAAGAUCCUGCUACAUUUGGAUAAUGCCUACAACAUUCCAAAUCUGCGUGGCCGAGCUGCUGCCUGCAGAACCAAUCUGCCCUCCAACACCUCUUUCAGAGGCUUUGGUGUGCCUCAGGUGGCCUGCGUUGUGGAGAACUUGAUCAAUGAUGUGGGGCUAGUGCUACAGUGUCCUGCUGAUCAGGUUCGGGAAAACAACAUGUACAAAGGGCCGUCACUCACCCACUACAAAGUGGAGUUCAGCCCGGAGAACUUGCUGCGUUGUUGGGAAGAUUGUAAGGUCAAGUCAGACUUUAGUGUUCGUCGUGUUGCUGUGGACAUGUUUAACCAGCAAAACCGUUGGAAGAAAAGGGGCCUGGCAAUCAUCCCGAUCAAAUAUGGCAUCGCCUUUGCAGAGGGCGUCAUGAAUCAAGCAGCUGCUCUGGUGAACAUCUAUGGAGAUGGCUCUGUUCUGGUAACACAUGCUGGGACAGAGAUGGGUCAAGGAGUUCAUACCAAAAUUCAACAGGUGGCGAGCAGGGAACUUCACAUCCCAUUGUCAAAGGUCUACAUCAGUGAAACCAGCACCAGCGCAAUCCCCAACGGAUUUCCCUCUGCCGCUUCUUUUGGCACUGAUGCCAAUGGCAUGGCCGUCAAGAAUGCCUGCCAGACUCUAUACCAGCGACUGGAGCCAAUCCGCAAGAAGAACCCUAAAGGAACUUGGGAGAAUUGGGUCAGUGCAGCGAUUAUGGAGAAGAUCAGUUUGUCUGCGACUGGAUAUCACAGGGGCGCAGACAGUCACAUGGACUGGGACAAAAUGGAGGGACGGCCUUACCCUUACUACACAUAUGGGGUCUGCUGUUGUGAAGUGGAGCUGGACUGUCUUACCGGAGACUACAGGACUGUGACGACAAACAUUGUAGCUGACAUUGGCCAAAGUUUGAACCCCUCCAUGGACAUUGGCCAAAUUGAGGGGGCAUUCAUGCAGGGUUUGGGUCUGUUCACAUUGGAGGAGUUAAAGUUUUCUCCCUCGGGUCUUCUCUACACACGAGGCCCAUCUCAGUACAAAAUCCCUGCAGUGUGUGACAUGCCGCUGAGCUUCAAUGUCUUUCUCCUCUCCGACUCCUACAAUCCCCAUGCCAUAUACUCCUCCAAGGGUAUCGGCGAACCCAUCCUCUUCUUGGGGAGUUCAGUGUUCUUUGCCAUUAAAGAUGCUAUCGCAGCAGCACGCAAAGAUGUCGGCCUAACAGGUCCAUUUUCUCUGGACAGCCCAGCGACUGCAGAGCGGAUUUGCCUUGCAUGUGCAUCCCCUUUCACUCAGGUGUGA